GAUUUCAAUUUUCAAAAAAUUAAUUAUACAAAUUAAUAAGAUAUGGAUAUUCAUGUUCGUAAUAGUUACCAAUUACCAUAAAUUUAUAAGCGUAAAAAUCAGUUAAAUAAUGAAUGUUUUGUUGUUUCUCCAUAAAUGACUGUAGGUUUACUAUUUUAUUGAUUUUAGAAUCUGAGUAAAAAUUUGGAAAAUAUGCUAAACGUUAUACUUAAGAUUCUGACAUAUUUUCACUUAAAAUUCCUACAGAUAAAUAAUAUUCUCAACAUUCAUCUGCAUAUGGUCAGUUUCAUUUUUAGCCUGAUUUUAAAUUAAUUAAAACAAAACCUGUAUUCAAAUAUCAUACAGCCAAAAGUCAAAUUCUUGGCAAUUCUAGGUUAUAAUAGAUUAAAUUAAGAUAAGAAAUUGAUUGA